AUGCUUUCGUUUGAUAAUAUGUGGUGUUCUACAGAAGAUAUGCCGAUUCUAAGGAAGUGUAAAACCGAUCGUUGUGAACAUAGAUUUAGACGGAGGAUAUCUAAAAGUCUUAUUCCCCAGGCUUUGUUGCACGCACUGCCGGACAGUCAGGUCAGGCAGCGUCGAAGACGAUCAGGAACUUGGCCCUGUGCAUUCGACUUUGCUUGGAGAACGAGAUCUCUGAAUGCUCCUUCACCCAUACAACAGUUUGGACCAUGCGGCAGAAUAAUGAAGAACUCGGCUAUGGUUAUGCAGAUCCAAGACCCGGCUUCUCAGAGAUUGACCUGGUACAAGCCGCCGUUAUCAGUUCUUGUUAUAAAGAAGUUACACGAUUCAAGUGUUUUGGUGCCGUUCGUUCAGCUCGUGCAUUGGCUCGUACAUGAGAAGAGUAUGGUUGUGUUCGUGGAGUCCGCUGUGCUCGAAGACACGUUGUUGAAGGAGUACGGGGACUUCACGUCCGUCCGCGACCGGCUCAUGACCUUCAGGGCCGGCACCGACGACCUCACUGACAAGAUAGACUUCAUCAUCUGUCUGGGAGGAGACGGCACUCUGUUACAUGCCAGCUCAUUGUUUCAGCAAUCAGUUCCGCCGGUAAUGGCGUUCCACCUAGGCUCACUGGGAUUCUUGACGCCGUUCGAAUUCAAUAAUUUCCAGGAGCAAGUUGAAAAUGUUUUAGAAGGUCAUGCAGCAUUAACACUAAGGUCGCGUCUGCAAUGCGUUGUGCUGAGGAAAAUUCCAGAAGACGGCAAAGAAAAGAAGAAACCUACAACUAUAUUGGUUUUAAACGAAGUUGUUGUAGACAGAGGUCCCUCACCUUACCUAUCAAACAUCGACUUGUUUUUAGAUGGAAAACACAUCACUUCUGUUCAGGGCGACGGUCUGAUAGUUUCAACGCCAACCGGAAGUACAGCGUACGCAGUCGCAGCGGGUGCAAGUAUGAUACAUCCUUCAGUGCCUGCAAUAAUGGUCACACCUAUAUGUCCACACUCACUUUCCUUCAGACCCAUCGUUGUACCCGCCGGGGUUGAGCUCAAGAUCGCAUUAUCACCGGACGCCCGUAACGCUAUGUGGGUAUCAUUCGACGGGAGGAACAGACAGGAAUUACGGCACGGAGAUAGUAUGUACGUGACUACGUCAGUGUAUCCGGUGCCGUCGAUAUGCGCGCAGGAUCAGAUAUCUGAUUGGUUUGACUCGUUGGCUGAAUGUCUUCAUUGGAAUGUCCGUAAGAAGCAGAAGCAAAUAGAUGAGUUGAGCGACCUCACGCAUUACUCCAACGAAACGCUCGAGGAAAUUGACAAUCAUGAUGAGAGACCCGCUGACACGUGA